AUGACCGACGAAAGAGGCGGAGAAGUGGGUGAUACAGUGGUGAGACCCUCGCCACUUCAAGCAGAGGCCGAGGUGGAAGCAGCAGCAGCGACGCGCGGCAGUGAUGAUGGUGCGGCUCGCAAAAAAAGCAAGAAGCCGUGGACGCGACGAGCGCACAAUACGCGCGGAACUUCAAAGCGUGUGCAAGCGACAGCGCAACAGGAGGAGCCGAAAUCCGUCGGAGAGAUAGUGGACGCAGCGUGUGAGAGUGAUCCGACAAGCUACAGCGUGGCAAUGAAUUGUGCGAAGUGGCGCGAAUGGGAGCGCACGUUUGAUGGCGAAGUGGCCGCGUUGCAAAACAACGACGUCUGGCGCGUCACGAGGCGCGCGUCUGGAAUAAACGUGCAGCACACCAAGUGGGUGUAA